AUGGACGAUCGUUCUUCGUCGUCAUUGAGAGCGAUUUUAUACGACCCAAAUUCUAACAGCAAUGUUGAAAACGUGUUGGAUGUUGUUGCCGCCCUUGUCUGGGAUUGCAAUUUCCAGUCAGCCAAAAAUUCCAGAGCUAUCCAGUCAUUUGUUCAAAGGUUUUCAGAGCUAGCAAACUUUAUAUACUCCCAGAGAACAAAAUUUACUGACUUUGAGCUGGUCAAAGUCAUCGGUCAAGGGGGCUUUGGCCGUGUUCAGCUCGUUCGACACAAGGAUACCCGUCGAGUGUACGCAAUGAAGAUGAUGAGCAAGCAGCAUCUUCUCGACCAUUCGCAAUCUGGUUAUUGGGAAGAACGCGAUAUCAUGGUAAAGGCGACCAGUGAAUGGCUUGUUACUUGCCAUCAGGCUUUUGUGGUAUGUUUUUGUCAUUCCAUUCAUGUAAGCUUACACAUUUUCUUAAUUGAAAAGGGUCAUGCGUAUGCUGAUAAGCCCCUGUCUUUUGUCCACUGA